AUGCGCGGCGUGGCUCUUCCCGCGUGGCUCAAGCGGCGCGUGACCUUCUACCGGCUGCACAUGCUGUGCUUCGUUAUAGUCAUCCUCGCUUUCACGCUCGUCUUCUGCGUGGCGCCGAGCGGGCCAGCAGGGAAAAUCAGCUUCAUAGACGCGCUCUUCAACGUGACGUCGUGUGUGUGCCUGGCGGGACUCAUUACUGUUGAUGUGGGGGUCUUUACUGACGGCACCAACGUUGCUCGCCUUCUCCUCAUGUUCAUGGGCUCCCAGGUGGUGACGUCCCUGGUGCCUGUCUUGGUGCGUCGGUACUACUUCCACCGCCAUCUCGCCUGCUCUGGCCUGCUCCAGACCCAGCCCUCCGCCUCCAACUACGGCCCCAAAGCCUCUGACACUGCAGCCUCCGCCUCUCAGGAAGCGCAGCAUGGUGCAGGGGGCGAAGGAGGAGGAGGAGGAGGAGGAGGAGGAGGAGGAGGAGGAGGAGGAGAAGGAGGAGAUGGAGGAGGAGAAAACAUAUCAGGGAACAACGGAGCCUGGUCUCACAGGGCAAGGCAGAGGAGGAGCGGGAGGUUGAGCCGUGAAAGCAGUGUGACCGGCACAAGCCUUGGGGGGGAUCUGGAUUUCGCUGAUGCUGAUGGUUACGGGUUUGCUGAUGGUUACGCGGAUGCAAUGGUGGAUGAAUGGCUGACGGCAGCACAGCCAAGUGAACUCAGAUUCCUCGAGCUCAGGGCACUGGAGACGUUAAGCUGGCUGGUGCCAGCAUUCCUCGCCGCAUCGCUGCUCACUGCCUUCCUCCUGCUGCUGCUCAUCGUUAGCCUCUCUGCCUCCGCCAAGGCAAAUCUGCAGGCCAACAGCGUCAACAGCGUCUUCUUCUGUGCCUUCCAUGCUAUGUCGACGUUUUCCAACACAGGGGCGGCACUGCUGAACGAUAAUCUAAUGGGGUUCGUGAGGGUGCCAGCUCUGAUCAUCGUCACGUCGGUCUUCAUUCUCAUUGGCAAUACCAUGUACCCGCCCACGCUGCGAGCCCUCCUGCUUCUGCUCCGGCACUUCUCACGAGGAGAGAAAAGGUUCGUCUACUCCUACCUUCUCGUGCACCCACGCAAGUGCUACACGCACCUCUUCCCACCACGCUCCACCGUGAUGCUCGUGCUAACAGUGCUCGCGUUCAAUCUCACGGAGUUUGUCUUCUUCUGUGCCACUGACUGGACCUCGCCUGCCAUUGACGGCUUCACCAGCGGGACCAAGGUACUAGCAGGAUAUUUCCAAUCUGUGAGCACACGCAACGCGGGAUUCAACGUAAUUGCCAUCGGCCUCCUGCGCCCCCCCAUGCUGCUGCUAUACCUGGGCAUGAUGUACGUGGCUGUGUAUCCUCUGUACCUGACGAGGCAGACAUCGAGGGAGCAGAGGGAGGUGUAUGAUGACGAGGAUAUUGGGGUGUUCUGGGAAGACCUGCAGGGGGGGGUGUUGGACCACGGGGUGUUCACCCAGGGCAGAGGGCUGCUCCUGCGCGAUUCAGCGAUGCUCUUCAUGGCUCUGCUGGUGAUCUGCCUCAUAGAGAGCGCCAACAUCACCAACGACAUCUCCAACUUCAACAUCUUUAACAUCGCCUUUGAGCUCAUCAGUGGAUACGGCAAUGUGGGUCUCUCCCUGGGCUACACCUGUCCACCUGAAGCUGGCCCCAGCUGUGUCUCCCCUCCUUACAGCUUCUCUGGUGUGUGGAGCCCUUGGUCCAAGCUGGUUCUCGUGCUGGUAAUGCUGCUGGGCCGCCACAGAGGCCUGCCUGACAACAUCGACGCUGCCAUCUCCCUCCCCAACCGCAACCAGUUCAUUCCUGAACCACCUGCACUGCCUGCCCCACCUUCUGCAUCUGCUGUAUCUGCCGUCCCUGUUGUCGCACCUUGCAUGCGUUCCACGUGUGCACCAAGGUGA